AUGCCUACGUCGAGGAUAUCGCAAUGAAAGUGAUAACUGAAGGGGGUGCAGACAAGCUUGCUCGCAUGCUGGUGCGCAUGCCAGACAAACAGGUGGCUCACUUCGUCACAUCACAAUCGCUGACACAGCGAUCCUCGAGAGAGGCAUCAAUCACAAGCUAGUGAGGGGGGCUUGUGAACGCCUGGACAAUAUGGUGAUGUGGGUCCUAGAGGCAACGAUGGGGCUCAGAGAUACCGAAGUCGAAGAAGAGUUCUUCCAAGACGACUGCCAGCCUGACCGCUUCAAGUUAAAGCCCUAUCAACAAGCCCAGGCGCGCCUGUCGACAGGAGCCGGAGGACUAGGAUUACCAGCAGCCGUUAUGCGAAGGUUCUCAGCUUCUCUGGGCAACCUAGUCGGCACCCUUCCUGCGGUUAUAGCCGCGUUACGGGGUCCAUUGGGAGAGUCGGUGAGAGUUCGGAUACCGGGAACCGUGUUGGUGGAGCGGAUGGGGGACGCUAUCAAAGAACUCAACCAGGAGCAUGCAAUAUCGGUGGAGAUUCUGAAGGGGAUCCUUCCCCCGUCAUGGGUUGAGUGGGCCUUAGAACCGACAGGAGAAACCGGAAGGCGUCAGCCCACCGUUGCAGAACUGGCAGCACACGAUGGGGAAUCUAAUACGCCGAGGAAAGCCCAGCACAAACUGAGCAAGGCGAUUAACAAGAUACAACUUGAAAAGUUCAUGGAGUCUCUGGAGCACCUCCCUCGUCUUGGGGCGCAGGCGUUGGUGCAGUUUUUUUUUCUGGCCCUCCUGAACGAAGCUGGCCGGGGAGUGAUCUCCUCCAUCAAAGAGUACGUGAAGCCGCGAGAGCUACAAGCCUUGAAAGACACAUGGGGAGGAGAGCAGGCCGUGUUGGCGCAACUGCGGAAGCUGUUGCAAGUGGCGUCUGCUCUGACGUUCGCAGUUCGUUCGCCGUCCUUCGAUAAGGCUGAACGCAAGAAGCUCAUGGAGCAUGCCCGGGACACGGUGGGGCUGUAUGCGGAAUUGCUAGGGAGGGGAGACGUGAGGACAACCGUGCACUCUGCUCUGCACUACGUCCAGGCCAUUGAAGGCCAUGCGGUAACCCUGCGGAGAGAGUGUGCACUUUGCCACUGGAGAUCUACAUAUUCGAUGAGGUUGUUGGGGUAGACGAAAAAUAAAAUUGUUGCGGCGAAUUGGAAAGAGUUAUAGUCAUGUGCAUGCGCCGGAUACACGCGGACACACGCGGAGAGGAGGUAGAGUUUGCUUGAGCAUUUGGGAUGGAUGGAGUUGAUGGAGCGAUGGGGCGCCGGCGUGCAGCGUGGGGAAUGUGUGCAGGCGCUCGAGGGAGAGGGGGAGAGGGUUGGGCGGACUGCUCGUUUCGCCGGCCUACAUGGGGUAGCACGGAUCAACUAAUUUUGGGUGAGCGGCCGAGUGACGUUUUUUUUUUUUUGCUGAACCUGAUGAAAGUACCCUGCUGUCUCACUUUAUGUAUGUAGCUCGCUUGGAAGAGCAUGUCAUGCGCGAGGACAUUUUCCCGAUUUUUUUCUCACAAAACAGGACUUACACUUGGCGUUGUCGGCAUAUUCGUACAGCGUGCUUUCUGGGGUUUGCGUUUGGGCGACUCGAGCCUGCUGCACGCAGCUUUCUCCGCUUUCGUCUCCGCACAACUUAGCUUUGCCUCGCUGAUCGGUAUGUCUCAACUUAGCGUCGGUUCCUCGGACUCGGCUUCGGCCAGUCCAAAGCCCUCAGAGUGUUUUCGCUCACUGGUGUCUCCACACAGUACCUCGGCUUUCGGGCCGACAGCCGACGAUCCCCAAUCGUCGCUGUUGCCGUCUCCGGAUGGCGCGAGCGCUGCUGACCCCAUCGUAGAAGCCACCCGUCUGUCAGAGCUUCGCGCUCAACGCCGACGGGAGGAGUUCGCCUCCACGGCUUCUACUGGCUCUAAUCCCGUGGGUGCUGUGCUACUCAAAUUGCCAGCACCCACAACAGAAGCUUCGGCUUCCACCUCUGUCCUUUCGAGUACCCAGCCUUCUGUUUUUACAGUCGCUGGUGGUGUGUCCCAAGUUUUCCCGCCGGAACCACAUGUUGCUGAUUCCACUUUUCCCCUUACCUCCACCGCCGCUGAGCCUUCUGUUGUUCGGGCAGACAUUGGCUUUGACCAUACUGGCUCUGUAGUGCCACGCUUG